UCACGAUGUGGUUUUCUUUCUGGCGAUCCAGAAAUCGUUUCUCCUUGGAAGAGCUCCGAUAUCUAACAGAUCAGCUGCAGAAGGUUCAAAUUGUGAAUGAAGUUAACAAGGAUUUUGUAAUUGAAGCAUUGAGAUCAAUUGCGGAACUAGUGACAUAUGGUGAUCAGCAUGAUCCAUCAUUUUUUGAAUUCUUCAUGGAGAAACAGAUAAUGGGUGAAUUUGCACGCAUAUUGAGGAUUAGUAGACCAGCAAAAGUUGCACUUCAGUUGCUACAGACGAUGAGCAUUAUGAUCCAGAAUUUAAGAAGUGAACAUGCAAUUUACUAUAUUUUCAGUAAUGAACACAUUAACGUCCUCAUAACAUAUUCCUUUGACUUUCAAAAUGAAGAGCUUCUGUCAUACUACAUAUCCUUUCUAAGGGCUAUAAGUGGAAAGCUGAACGAGAAUACAAUCUCAUUGCUCGUGAAGACUCAAAACGAGGAGGUAGUUUCCUUUCCACUCUAUGAUGAGGCCAUACGGUUUGCUUUCCAUGAAGAAACUAUGGUCCGUAUUGCAGUUCGUGCAUUGACCCUUAAUGUCUAUCAUGUUGGAGAUGAAUGUGUUAACAGAUAUGUUUCACAUGGCCCAUUAUCAGAUUAUUUUUCGAAUAUGGUUAAAUAUUUCUGGAAGCAAUGUGUCAACUUGGAUGAAUUGGUUUCUCAAGCGGCUAGGAACCCAGACUCGUCUGAUACAGCCUCCUGCAUUAUUUCUGCUGUGGAUGAAAUUGAGGACAACUUGUACUAUUUUAGUGAUGUUAUAUCAGCUGGGGUUCCUGAUCUUGGAAGAUUAAUAACUGAUAAUAUGCUGCAGCUUUUGGUUUUUCCGCUGCUUCUGCCAUCACUGGAAAAGCGAAGUAGUGGUGCACAAAUAGGCAUCACCACCUCCUUAUAUUUACUUUGCUGUAUCUUACAUAUUUUUAAAACCAAGGAUUUGGCAAGUUCUAUUGCUGCCACACUUUUCUACCCACCAGAGGUUUUUGUUACAAAAUUUGAAUCGCCGCCCAAUGGUUAUGUCCCUGAGCAUAGAGUCUCUAAAGAACUCCAGCAGCAUGAUCCUUAUUCUCUUGGUGCUCAACAAAAUACAGAAGACUCAGGAGUUUCUAUGCUAGAUUCUUCUGGUUCUGCUCAGUAUUUUUUGCCAAAUCAUUGUCCCUCACAAAAUAUUUGUGGUUCGCAAUGUACCUUGAGGGAGGUAUUGCUAUCAUAUUUCACUGGUGGAAAUGACUUACAAGUUUUGGGUUCUUUGAGUUUACUAGCGACCUUGCUGCAAACAAAAGAACUAGAUGAAUCACUUCUAGAUGGACUUGGAAUUCUUCCUCAAAGAAAGAAACAUAAGAAGCUCUUGCUACAAGCUUUAGUAGGUGAGGACUCGGGUGAGGAGCAGCUCUUUUCUUCAGAGUACAAUAUGAUGAAAGAUAGCAUCAGUACUGAACUUGAUAGAUACCUGCACAAACUUGUGGAUCAGUUUGGGCUAUUGAAUCAUCAUGCAGAAUGGAGGAUUAACUCUCAACUACACAGAUCUCAGGUGCUCGAUGCAUUAGUCAGUCUUUUCUGCAGGUCUGAUGUAUCUGCAGAUAUACUAUGGACUGGUGGUUGGCUUUUACGGCAGCUACUUCCGCACGGGGAGGAAGAAUUCACCUCUCUUCAUCUUAAACGACUAAGGGAUUCACACAAGUACUCCACUGCUAGCCUUUUGUCAGAAACUAAAGGAACGUGGUGCGAUCUGCUGAUAACUGUCCUUAAAGAUGAAUGGAAGAAUUGCAAGAGAGCAAUUGAGGCUUCGUUACUGCCAAAAAACCCGAAAUCCAUACUUCUGCCAUCCAAAGCAUUCUCUUGUGGAGGUGAAUCCUCUUUUGCUGCUGGUGAAAGAAUGUGUGAGAUGGUCAAGGUUUUUGUACUUCAUCGCCAGCUUCUAGUUUUGUCAUUUGGAGGAACUUUAGCUGACCUAUCCCCUGUACAUUCUCCUGUAUCUUCCCAAGCAAAAACUGCUGGGUUGGAUGUUCUAGUACCAAAACCUGGCCACGAAAUUAACUUAGUCAAUGCAGUACCAUGUAGAAUAGCAUUUGAGAGAGGGAAAGAACGCCACCUCUGCUUUUUAGUGCUUUUAAUGGGAACAUCUGGGUGGAUUCUCCUUGCAGAAGAAUUACCACUUAAGCAGCAAUGUGGAAUUGUUCGUGUCACAGCACCCUUGGCCGGCUCAAAUCCCAGAGUAGAUGAAAAGCAUUCAAAGUGGUUGCAUUUAUGCAUUCGCCCAUCGACUUUACCCUUUUUGGACCCUGCAAAGUAUGAUGCCUUCAGUAAAGGGAAGGCAAAGAUUUUAGUUGAUGGGAGAUGGACACUAGCUUUCAGGGAUGAGCAAGCUUGCAAGACAGCUAAGUCUAUGAUAAUAGAAGGGAUAAAUAUGCUACACAGAGAAGUGGAGGAGAGACUGAAGCCAUUGCUUGAACUUGAUAUACCUGGACAUGCCCCAGAUCCUUGUAAUCCUCUGGAGGCGCCUACAGCAGAAGUUGGUUAAUGAUUCUUUAUAGGUGCCAACUGGUGGAAUUGUGAAAUAACAGCAGCUUUUCAGCAUCGGGAGUUGUGUCUGGCAUCAUGUACAAGUACUCACCAACAUCAGUAUAAUGUCGGCGGUGUAGUUCUCCUAAGUCACCAUUUUAACAUACAAAAUGUAGAGUUUGAGCCAUUUGAGUGCAGCUCAAUGUCAUUCUUUGUACAUUAGUUGUAUCAGCUUUCUUGUUCUCCUGUAAUCUAUGUUCUAAUAUUCAUUCUUUAACUGGUCAUAAAGCAAAAAGUUGCGGCAUUCACUC